AUUGUUUGUAUGUAUUUUAAAAGAAAUGUAAUUAUCAACCGCUGCAAUUAGUGAACACGGGUUUAACGCUGAAGAUGUCCGCUGGUUCACGCCUACAAACACGGAAGUGAAUGUGGGAUUUAUUUCUUGCCUCGCGUCAUAAUCUCAGUAACCAAGCAUGUUCGCAGACGAAGCCCUGGACACAGUGAGUGUCCAGUCACUGUGGAGGAAGUCUCACGAGGCGGCGCAGGAGUCGAAAGGAUGUCAGACUCAGAUGUUUCACAGUGCUGAGUCAGAGGUCCAGGUCAUUUCCACUACCAUCAGCUCUACUCAGACAGAGCUACAGGAGCAGGCCACAGAGCAGCUCAUCCAGCAAAACCGAGAUGAACCAGAGCCGCCUGGCCUGAAGGACUUCCUACAGCAGGUUGAAGACAUGGUCAUCAGAGAGUUAGUGAAAAAUGUCAGGAGCCAUGCCUUUGACGGGUUUCAGGCAAGCUGGGAAGACCACAGUCAGCGGGUCUUACUCAUCCAUUCCCUUCAACAUCCCAGCGCUAAAGAGAAAGGGCUGCAUGUCACUAGUGUUUCCUGGAGUUGUACAGGUUCAGUCAUUGCCUGUGCCUAUGGUCGGAUUGACAAUGGAGACUGGAGCAAUGAGAAGUCAUGUGUUUGCACCUGGAACCUGGACCGUCGAGGCCUGCAUCCCAGUCAGGCGGACCUGGUCAUAGAUGUUCCUACUGCAGUCACAGCUUUGUGCUGUCAUCCCUGCCAGCCUUCCCUCAUCGCAGGGGGUCUGUACAGUGGAGAAGUGGUGAUUUGGGACACCAGUCGGACUCAAGACUCUGUAGUGGCUCAAACUGGGUUGUCUGCAGACAGCCACAGAGACCCUGUUUACCAGGUUUCCUGGGUGCCUCUGCAGAAGAAGGGAGAGUUCGGGGUGCUCAGUGCCUGCUCGGGAGGAAGAGUGCUGCUGUGGACGGUUGUUUUUGAGCAAGGCAGUUUUGUCCAGAAAGCCGCCUAUGCCGUACUACAACAGCAGGUUCCCCACAGCAGCAGCAGUUUCAAGGCCCGCAGCAACAGCACUGUAGGUAUCACGUCAAUGGCUCUGUCCCCAUGGGAUUCUGACACCUUCCUUGUGGGGUCUGAGGGAGGCCUGCUGCUCAGAUGCUCCUUCUCUUCCCAAAAACUAGCUGCAACAGCCUUUGAGGGCCAGAAUGCAACACUAAGAGCCCCGGCAGUCUUCUCAUUUAGGCCCCGCAGUGGCCCUGUCCACUCCAUACACUGCUCCCCCUUCCACAGGAACCUGUUUGUGAGUGGAUCAACUGAUGGUCUAGUCCACCUUCACUCGCUUCUGCAGGCCAGCCCACUGCUCUCUCUCAGAGUUUCAGACUCUUACAUUUUUCAGGUGCAGUGGUCACCAACCAGACCGCUGGUUUUUGCUGCAGCCACUGGAAAAGGUGAGGUGCAGAUGUUCGACCUGAGCCACAGGUCACUGAGAGCAGCAGCUACAAUUGAGCAGGGAGCUGCGGACCAAGCUGCAACUUGUUUGGCCUUCAACUGUCAGAAACCUCACCUCUUGGCGGUUGGAAAAACUGAUGGGACAGUCAACAUUUGGCAGCUGAGUGCCGAUUUGAUGGAGCAGAGCCCCAGAGAGAUCAGCCAGUUGGAGAAGAUAGCCAAUCAAGUGGCAGAGUGACACAGAUUAGCUAGGACAGAGACUGCACCAGCCUGACUCACUGACAACAACAGUUGUUCCAAGUCUGAAACAAAAAUAAAUGCAGAACAGCAGAUUCCAGUUUUAACCAGUAGCGUUUAUUAAAGCACACUGCAAAUGUUAAGGUGGUGUUACAUCAUUGUUGCAAGGUUCUUAAAUUU